AUGUAUCAACCACCUUCGCAUAACUAUCAAAACUCGCGGCCACCGGGUCAUCAUCCUGUGCCAACACCGCUCUCCAUUCAACCUCCACAGAAUUCUCCGUAUACUCCUUACAAUGCGUCGAUCAGCCUCCCACCUCAAAGUCCGAGCCAAGGCAGUGAGCCCAACGAUGAAGGGAACUUCAACCUGUUAGGACCAGCUCCAGUUUCAAGAGUGUGGGAGGGAAAAGGUUGGGCCCUGGAAGUGGUCCAGCAGCCCAUUCGUGCUCGUAUGUGCGGGUUUGGCGACAAGGAUCGUCGUCCUAUCUCACCUCCACCGUGCAUCAGGCUAUUGAUAUUUGACCCGGAAUCGGGAAAGGAGGUUGACUAUAACAAGGUGGCAGAUCUCUCGAGACUCGUCCUGAAUGUGGACUUGUGGAAUCUUCAAGGUUCUCGAGAAGAUAAUUGUGUCAAGCACAACACCGCGUCGCCGUCGAUCUCCUCGGUGACCACCACGAGCUUUCCCCCUACCGUCACUGGUCCCACCAGCGGCACUGGACCAGUUGCAACUUUCCCCAUCCCCAAUGUCCCAGCCUUUGCCUCCCAGACAUUUGCAUCUCCAACAACGAGCGCGGCCAGCCCCGCUUCAUCUUACUACCCUAGUGAAGACCAACGUACUUACAGCAAUGGUGCACAAAGCUAUGGGCAGAGAAAUCCUUCCUACUCCUACAGCGAAUCUCGAUACAGCUCCCAAUACCAAAAUGGUUAUGAGCCUUCCUACAAUUCUCGCUCAUCCACUGUUGGGUCCGCCUCUUCCUCAGGAAAUGCGCUUCGUUCUGCCCGUUCGUCGCAAGAUCUGGGACCACCGAAAGACGCCCACAUCGCGAAGAAUCUUAUCGGAAGUGCGUCGUCCAGUGCCUUCAAAUUGACGGAUGACAAGGGCCGGGUGGGACUUUGGUUUGUCCUUCAAGAUUUGAGCGUUCGUACAGAGGGUUGGUUUCGGUUGAAAAUGAACUUUUUCAACCUGUCGGAAUUUGUCAUGAAUGAAGAGGGCGACAAGGGAAACCCUCCGAAUCUUGAACUGCUACAAGAAGCGCCAUGUUUGGCAUCGGCAUUCAGCAAGCCAUUCAAAGUCUACAGCGCCAAAAAAUUCCCCGGUGUCAUCGAGACCACUGAUCUAAGUCGACAGUUUGCCAGACAAGGGAUUAAAAUUCCCAUCAGGAAAGAUGGGAAUAGUAAAAGGAGAAAGGGGCCCAAUGCCGAUGAUGAAGAUGCUGCGGACGACGACGACGACGACGACUACUAG